CUAACCCUCACCCCUCUCUGUCACCUAACCCUCACCCCUCCCUGUCACCUAACCCUCACCCCUCUCUGUCACCUAACCCUCAUCCCUCUCUGUUGUUGUGUGUUAUCAGGUAUGUGAUCGGCACUUUGGAGCUCCUGGUAGCAGAGAACUAUAUGAUAGUGUAUCUGAACGGCGCCACGUCCAGGAAGAAGAUGCCCAGUGUGGGCUGGCUCAGGAAGUGCUAUCAGCAGAUCGACCGCAGGUUAAGGAAGAAUUUGAAGUCGUUGAUUAUUGUCCACCCCUCCUGGUUUAUCCGCACCCUCCUGGCCCUCACCAAACCCUUUAUAAGCUCAAAGUUCAGCCAGAAGAUCCAAUUUGUGUUCAACUUGACAGACCUUUCUGAACUGGUUCCUAUGGAAUACGUCUCUAUUCCAGACUGCAUUAAAGAGCUCGACCAGGAGAAACCCGUCAGAGUGGAGAUGGCAGCCAUGCCAGAGACAGAGUAAGACUACCUGGGCGGCUUGCUAGCUCUGCUCUGUCUGUCCUGCACAGCUCCAGACCGAUGACGAAUGUUCAGAACCACAGCUGAUCAGCCUUUACUGUUGAUAAUGUGUGUUGCAACUGGAGAGACUUAGAGAGCUAGCCCAGGUGCAGGAGACCAUUCUCCCUGUUACUUUGUUACAACCCUCUAACUCUCCUUUUGUCAUUGUUACGACCCCCUCUCUCCCUCUCUCAUUGUUACGACCCUCUCUCUCUCCCUCUCUCAUUGUUACGACCCUCUCUCUCCCUCUCUCAUUGUUACGACCCUCUCUCUCUCCCUCUCUCAUUGUUACGACCCU